AACGAAACGCUGAAGAGUUGGCAAUGACUUCUCUCUACUUCUUACUUUCUGUCGUCCUCCUGUCAGCCUUGGUGCAAAGUUACAAGAUUUCGGUUAAUAAUUGGACAAUGAUGGUCGCGGAUGAUGUGCGGGUUCGGGAAGGGGGAUCCGCUAUCCUGCCCUGUAGUUUCACCCACCCACACAUUCACCGCAGGGUCAACGGCUCCGUGAUGUGGUACAAACUUCCCUCAGACCUUCAUCAUCCUGUUUUUAAAUGUACAUAUCCUGGUACAGACCAUUCACAGGGUGAACUGUGUGAGAAUGUGACACAGCGGGACAGUGGGAAUCGAUCCAGAUUCGUGGGGAACCUCAGCAGCAACGAUCUCUCAAUAAUGAUGGAGCAGCUGAGCCGGAAGGAUACCGGUCAAUAUCGGUGUCGUGUGGAGCUCAAUGUGGGCAAAUUUGAAACACCAAGUGGAACGAAUCUGACAGUGGAAGUUGUUGGUAGAAAUGACUCAGUGGUGAGUGGGACAGAGGGAGAUUCGGUUACAUUGCCCUGUAUGUUCAUACCCAAUAACUCCCUCACCCUGACCACUGUUACAUGGAUAAGGAAGGAGCCCUACCAACACGUAGUCACAUUUCGAGACCAAUUAAAUAGAUCACGGAUAGUUGUAAGUGCUGGAAAUCGGUACAAGCUUGUCGGGAACCCACAGAAGGGAAACUUGUCAAUCAGGAUAAACCAGCUGAACAUGACGGACAAUCGCACUUACCUCUGUGUGGUGGAGUACACAGGACUAUCCUAUUAUCAAUAUCUGAUCCAGAAUGAGACACGACUGCAUGGGUGUUCAAGUCUAAUAGGAUGCACCAGAUCUUUGAAAAGGAAGGAUCCAGGUUCAUCCAUGACUGCCAGGACUGAUCAGGCCCACCAGAAGUCUGCACCGGAGCAAGGCGAUUCCAACACCUACGCCGAGAUUGAAAGAGGCAGAACAGGUGGCAAGAGAUUCACAAUUAGUGCUUCAGAAGACCGUGAGUGA